ACCACAAUGGACCAGCUCUGUACCAGUUGUUUUAAACUAACUUCCUUUAUAAGGAAUAAAUAAUUUGCUCCACUUCUCUAUAGAUUACCUCAUUUAUCGCUUUACGUUUAUUUUAUUUGAAGUAUUACUUAUAUGAGGUAUUUAAUUACCGUUGCAAACUUGUUUCAUGGAAAACUUUUUCCUUUCUUCAAAUUCCUGGCGGCGAAUCAUUUCAGCGGAGCCAUGUUAAGUACAUGCCAUGGUAAAUAAGGAGACUGAGCCUCCGGUGCCCAGACGACAUGACACAGUAAAAGGAGUGAUUAGGCUGCUAUUUUGGGGAUCUAGGACAAGGAUUCUGAGGAAGAACUGCCCUUUGCAUUGGUGUGAAAGAAAGAGGUACUAUAGAAUAUGAACUCCUCCAUCAAAAUGGAUUAUCGUGUUUAUCCUGAUUUUGCAGCAUAAAUGCACCAACCCAUCACAGGCACCCAGCCUUUGCUUGAAUCUGCCCACGGCCUCUGGGUACAGUCGUAGCACACCACCUGAACAUCUCUAUCCACGGACAUGCCUCAGCCAGGCACCAGUGGUAUGGAGCCCAGUUUUGGUGAUCCCUACGGGAACCACAGAUGCUUCCUUAUCUUGGAGCCAUAUACCAUCUCUCCACUAGGGAGCAGCACAGAGUAUGAAGAGAAGGGCAUGGUUCUAAUGCUAGGCUCCCCAGCUAUCACCUGCAAACGACCUUUUGAGCUACUGAGUGACCUAGUGGAUGACGGCUUCGGCGAGGACCUACACCAUGAGCGCUGGGAUGUGUCUGCAUUAGAUGACAUUGCCCACUCUUCCAAAGGAAGCCUAGAGGGGGAACUAGUGAUCUCUGAAGGCACGUUGACUGCUAAGAGAAGCAGAAGCAUGGAGGGGCUGACAGAGCAAGCAGGUUCACUGAGUGGUCAGCAGGCUCAGGGCAACUCCAAGACAGAAAUCAUGACUGGCUCAGAUUCAGAGGCACAGCUUCAAGAGAAUAGUCCUGAGGCUGAAGUCACAGAGAUGAAGCCACCUCCAUUGGAACAGCACUGUGGGGAGCACAACUACUCCCUUCAGGCAGAGCCCAAUCUGGGCUCUGGGACUGAGUCAGGAGAUGCUGAAGAGGAAGCACAAGGAGCUGCUGUGGAAACUACAGCAGAUGUGAACUCAGGACCUGAGUGUGGCCCAGACGAUCAGGUCAUCAGGCAGCCAAAGAAGCGCAGGUGUUUCUGGGAAUACAGCCAAGGUCACAUAGCAGAAAGCAAGAGGGAGUGCUGCAGACAGUCUCUGUGUUGGAGCUCCACCACGCUGCCCAGCACUCUGUAUCUGAGGGAGGGAAUGGCCUGGAAGGGAAAGAAGUAUCCUAGAAAGGCUCGCAAGACCGAUGCCAGUGACCUAACACCCAAUCCGCAGAAGCUGUGCACCAUUGGUGAUCAGCUGCACAAGCUCAAUGCAGCCAUUGAGGGUAUGACACCUGCUAAUGACCUGCCCAUCGUGGCUCGCGCACGCUCCCGCAAGGAGAAAAAUAAAUUGGCUUCAAGAGCUUGCCGUCUGAAAAAGAAAGCACAGCAUGAGGCUAACAAGAUAAAGUUGUGGGGCCUCAACCAAGAGUAUGAGAACUUGUUGAGGGCCCUGCUGCGCAUCAAGGAGGUAAUACGACGACGAGUGGAGAGCCGUAAGUCUGAUAACGAAAUGGGAAUGACUGACACACUCGAGAGCAUACUGAAGGAAUCUGCCGGUAAGUCAGCCGGUGGCCUUUUCCCCAUUUAUAUCUUGCAUUAUAAAUGUGAUCUUCACAGCUCUGGGUUUCUUAGCUGUUCAGCAUUACAUUUCACACCUUUGAAUUUAUUGUGUGGAAGCCAGCAAAAGUGACUCAAGCAUUACUAUGCUUUUAUGACCUUGAGGUCUAUAAUAUGAGACUGCUUUUAACAAAUCAGAUGUGCCUGCUGUGAUGGACUGGCGUCUUGUCAAGGGUGGACCCCUCAAGCCUAGCACCCGGCAUUUCUGGGAGAGGCUUUGGACUGCCUUUACCCUGACCAGGCCAAGCAGUUAAGGAAGGAGAGUGAAUGAGUAAGUGAUGUGUCUGUGUGUCUGAACAGGCCCACGUGUGGCUGGACAGACCAAAGAGUUUGUGGAGAGGAUCCUGGAGAGCAGUGCUG